UUGUUAAACGACAAAAUAGAAAAUGCGGUAAGAGAGAAAAUAAAUAAGCUGCAAUAGCCAAAAAAAGAUCGGCUGUCGGCUCUCUCCCUACUCAGAUCUGCCACAUCUUUUACGAUUUUCAUCUGUUUUUUAAUUUAUCAAUUAAUUAGUUAAUCAAUUAACUUGUUUAUGAUUAUGAUACAUGUAAAUAUGAGCAUGUAUGCAUUCAAAUUGCGUUAGUUUUCUUGAUCUUUUUUGUGGGCAUAGGGAAUUUUAGAGCAUCAGAUGGAAAAAGAGAGAAGAGUUAACGGUGGAGGAGAUUUUUAUCAGGUACAUUGGUCCACAGAAGUGCCCACAUCUUCCGCUUCAUCAGCAUCAUCAUCACCACCGUCGAGGUCACUUCCAGCUUCAUCUGAAUCGUCGACCUCUAUCGGUGUAGGUGUUAACGGUGGCCCGAAUUACAUAGUUCACCCUGUCUCCAAGUUUGAUACCCUCGCAGGUGUUGCCAUCAAAUACGGCGUCGAGGUGGCAGAUAUAAAGAGGAUGAAUGGGUUGGUAACAGACCUCCAAAUGUUUGCUCUGAAGACGAUUCAUAUACCAUUGCCAGGGAGGCAUCCCCCUUCACCUGGCUUGUCCAAUGGUCUUGACACUCCUCAACGAUCAAGCAGCUCUGAGCAGACUCCAUCCUCUCGCCGGCACUCUGACUUGUUUGAUUCACUUCAGUCACUGAAAAUGAAAUCUUCUUCAGGACAGAAGGUUUCUCCAGCCAUGAGCAGCCUUCAAGGUUUUUAUGGUCUUAAACCAGCAGGUCAGAAAGCUGCACCAGAUGGUUUUGAAAUGGCUGUGUACAGAAAUGGAGCUCAUUAUCUAGAGGAGGGGCCUUUUGGAAAAUCUUCACUUAUGUCUAACCCACUGCUUAGUCAUCAUAGAAAAUCAAAAAGUGUAGCUAGUGACUUGACGUCAAAUAAUGGUAAUUUGAUCAAUCAGGCAUUUUCGCAAGAAACUGAAGAUAGUAUCUCGAGUAAAUGGAUUAAGAAAUUGACCAGAAUGCUUCCAAAAUAUGAUGCCAACUUGACUUCUUGCACCCCAGAAAAGCUGUUGGAGGAUAACAGCAAUAGUGGUGGUUUUUCAGCGAUUACGGGCAAAAGCUUGGCUCUCAGAGCCAAAUCUGCUACUGCUAGCCGAGUCUCAGGACUUGAUUCUCAGGCAGGUGGGCCUAACCCAAUUCCUUUAAGUUUUGGGGAUUCUUUUCACGACAGUUUCGCUGCAGUAAGGAAGUCAUCAAGUACAUCAAGUUUGCAGGAUUCAGAUAAUUGUGCAUCUUCAUCUGUAAGGCCAGUCCCAAAGUGGAGUUUGAAGCCAGAUUUUCAUGCCCUUUCUACUUCUGCCCUUCCUAAACCAAUGGGUCGAAGAAACAAGGCGGCACUUGAUUAAUAAAAAUUCUUUAACCUAUCCGGUUUAGCACUUUCUUUUUCAAAUUUUUUAUUUAAGCAUUCAUCGGUCAAUGGGAGAUAGAAGUGGAAACAGGGAAAUUAGAGCAAGUAAAUUAAUAUAUUUGGAUGACAUUGCAUCCGAAUUUUGGUCAGAAUGAUAAUAUUCAUGGGGAGUGGAAUCUUGAUAGGAAUGUAUAUUAGAUACUUUCAUAUGUUCAUUGGAGAAAGGGAGGGGGUGGAGGAUCAUUUUGUUUAUAUCUGUAGUUUUACAUGUUUUUACGUUUAUAUUUGAGUAUCAGCCAUUGUGGUUCUCCUUUCAUGUUGGAGACAGGAUACCAUUUUUCGAUGUUGAUUUAUAAGAUUAUCUUGCAACUGUAUA